UUUAUCUCAUAUCCAAACCCUUUUAUGAGAACAGAUCCAUUGGUCAUGAAUGGCAUGAUCAGCAGCGGACGGUUAGUCACACACACUCCUCGCAGAGACAUGACGUUGGUGUGCUCUAGUGACAACAUGGUGGACACCUCCUUUGACAGUUGCACCUUCUUUUCCUCUCGCAGUUGUCAGAUACGCCCUGUAGACCAGUCCAGACUG